AGGAGAACAGAAAAAGAUUUGCGGAGCUUUAAAUGGCACGCCCUCCCCUUUUGUAUUUGUAUCAGGUACUUAUAGAUAGCGUACUGCGGUGGAGUGUCCCGUAGCCUGCCUGUCUCUCUGCUUGCUAUUCAGGGGCUGUGUCCCCCUCACUCUCUUCAGCCGGAGCCUGUGCCAGUGCCGUCCCAGACAAGAUACUGCAGUCUCUCCACAACUCUGCUUACGCCAGCCCCUGACCUUCACAGCAGACAUGCAAGCCUGCAUAACCAGGUCAUACAUCACACCUGCGCGUGAUGAGGAGGCGGAGUCUCAGAGGAAGGCGCGGUCGAGACAGGCGCGGCAAACACGGAGGUCAACACAGGGGGUGACUCUGGCAGACCUCCGAGAGGCUGAGAAGACGUUUGGCUGCCCCCGAGCGGAGAGGAGAGGGGCAGAGCAGGACAGGCAGGAGGAGGAGAAGAAGGUCCCAAAAUCCCUGCUGCUGCCUCCGAGGGAUCCGGGGGAAUCCAGUCCCCGCUGGACCAGGGGUCAGGAGGAGUUUGGUUACCGGCGACCACGAUUUGGGUCCCAGGCUGAGAGUCCGACCACGCCCCUGACAUCGCCCUCUGCGAGUGGCUGCUUCCUCUUCCCUGGCACAGCGCUGACCAAUAGGCUUGCAGGAGGAGGCUCCGCCUCUCUGUCAUCAUGUAGGGAGACAGAAAGGAGUGGAUCUGACAAGAGAGGAGAAGAGGAGAAGGGUUUCAAUGACCAGUCAGAGCUCUUACAAUCCUUACAAGAGAGGCGGCUAUCCAGAGACCACAGCCAAGCAACUGGUGUCUCCUGCUGGACACAAGAGGAAGGCGGUGCUAAUAAAAAGGGAGAAAAAGAAGCAGAGCAUGAUAGAACGUCUAGGUUAGACUCCUCCAGCACUGGUGACAGCGUCGCAGACCGUCUCCUGAGUCGCACCAGCUCCUAUACCCGCCGCGAGAACCGACUGGCAUCCCUUGGCAAAGCUGAGGAAGAGGGCAGUGCCAAGGAUUUCAAGAAGAUGUACGAAGAUGCCUUGACAGAAAACGUGAAGCUGAAAUCCAAACUGGAAGAAAGCAAAGAUGAGCUGGGCAAGAUCAGGUCCCAGCUGGACAAAGUAACACAGAAACAGAACAAAAUAUCUGAAAAGUCCACUGUGCUUGAGACAGAGAAAAAGGAAAAGCGUGCGCUGGAGAGGAAGGUCUCUCAGAUGGAAGAAGAAUUGAAGAGCCUCCCGCAGCUGGGGCAGAUCGAGACCCUGAGGCAGGUGAACGAGCGUCUGGUGGCGGAGAACCAAGCUAUGAAACGUGUCAUCGACAGACUCUCAAGGCUCACCCCACUGCCAGAGACCGAAGACCUCUAACCUCCCCUUCACUCCUACCCAUCCCUCCACCUCCUUCACUUCACUACAUCUCUUCUUCCUGUCUGCACCCAGGCAGGUUUUAAAUGACUUCAAGUCUGACAACCAGAGGCUAAAAGACGAGAACGGAGCCUUGAUCCGCGUCAUCAGUAAGCUGUCAAAGUGACGUGAUCCGGCAGCACUGAAGGAGCACCACAGCACGCCUCACCACUGACCAUGUGUCUUCAGACAGGGGCACCUGCUGCCACGCUGCAGUAAUGCACACAUCAUAUUCCUUUACGCGAGCCACUCACUCACUGCUACGCAGAGCUUGGAUUGGACAGAUCUUCAUGGGGUUUGCCAGGGCCAGCAGCUUGGCUUACAAGAACUGCUGUAUGAUUCGACGGUAUCAGUGAGACAUCAAAGUGAAGUAAAGCCUUGAGCCUUGACCCUCUUCAAACGGCUGAAGGAAACUAGGCUGGUUCUAGUAGAUCAUUGUAACCAAGGAUGGACAAGGAUGCAGCCUUCCUGAGCUUUCUUCACAAAUGCUGUUCAUCGUGGCAAUUCUGGAGUCAAUUUAUUGCUGUUGUGCUGUAUAUCAUGGUACUUUAUCAAACAACUGGGUUCCAAAUAUUCUAUGCUUUGUAUGAAAACCAUGCAUAACUGUAUAGGGUUAAGUCCGUAUAAGUGACCUACUGUCUCUUGCAUGCAUGUGCUGAAUUUGGACCAACCUCCAAACCAACCUCUUAUGCAAACCAACCUCCUAUCACUACAGAUUCCAGAUUCUACUUGUCUUUCUGCAAGCUGGACUGUUGUUCAGAGGACACUGGUUUAACAAUUGGGACCCCAGUUCACUGAUUGUUGGCAUUGCAGGACUUUGGUGUCAAACCAUCAUUUCCAAACACUCCACCUGAAGGACAUGCAGAUUCAUGUUUGUCUGGGGCUCCCGACUGGCGCAUCCAGUAAAAGCACUCGCGUAGAAUGCAGGGUGCGUCCUGUAGUCUGGACGUUGCCGGUUCAAGUCCAGGCUAUUCCUUUCCCGACCGAGGACAGGAGCUCCCAGGGGACGGCGUAUAAUUGGCCGCGUGCCGCCCGGGGGGAAGGGAGGGUCAGGUUAGCCAGGGUGUCCUCGGCUCACUGCACACCAGCGACCCCUGUGGUCUGGCCGGGCGCCUGCAGACUUCCCUGUAAGCUGCCCAGAGCUGCGUUGUCCUCCGACGCUGUAGCUCUGGGUGGCUGCAUGGUGAGUCUGUCAUGUGUAAAAAAGCGGGCAGCUAACGGCACAUGCGUCAGAGGACAGCGUGUGUUCGUCUUCGCCCCUCUCGAGUCAGCACAGGGGUGGUAGCGGUGAGCUGAGCCUAAAAAUAAUUGCACAUUACUAAAUUGGGGAGAAAAUAACAAAAAACUAAUUGGAGACUACUAAAUUUAAAAUAAAUAAAUAAAUACAUAAAUACAUAAAUAUUCAUGUUUGUCUAUGUGAUUAAUAAUGGCCAUCACUAUUCAAACAUGCUUGGAUAAGACACUGUUGAGCAAGCUGUUAUAAGAUUUCUUUUGUCUGAUAUAUUUGUUAAAUAUAAGUACAUUUUAAGGUGAAUUUGCAUUGAACCCUUGUAAGUUAUUGGAUUGUAUAUCUAGUUUUUAAAAAAUUAUAUACUAUUAUUCUUUGUUCCAGUUAAUUCAGAUGAGAUGAAUUCCUGUAGCACCGAUAUUUACCUCUUAUCUGCUGUCCCCUGGACUAUCACAGACUACAAGAGGGCUAAACCACUUCCUCCGCAGAGCAAGCCCAGCGCAUUCCCUGUGAGAAGCUAUAUUUAUUGCUUUUGGUUCUUCCAAAUCUUGGUUCAAAAGUAUAUAUGUAGAAAUGACCCCAUUACAAUAAACAUCUUCACUAGGACAAGGCUAUAAAGGUGCCGCAUAGCGCCUCUCACACACUUCUGUGCAUCGUGGGUCUCUACAGAGCAGGCAUGUUUAAAACGUCUAAAGCCUAGCAGAGAGUAUGUGUUCUUGAAUGCAAUAUUAAUUAUAGUGUUUGAAGUGUCCCCUUUCAAGAAGGUUAAAGAAACCAGGUUCUGCCACAGCAUUUACAAAGCACCGUAAUCCUUACGAAGCUGCUGUAGCGACACAGUGCAAUAUAUACCAUUGUUAUAUUGAUAUGCAAACAAACAGAAAACUAUGAGACUUUAAUCUCCAGCUUGAAUGAAUGUAUUGUAAAUUGAAUAUAACACAGGCAUGCUUUUACACCAUUGCAAGUUAUGCAUUGAGAUAUGUUGAUUCCAGUAAUAAAAUAUAUAUAUAUAUAUAUAUAUAUAUAACUUUUUUUUUUUAGUUUUCUCUCUGUAGUCGUUUGUUUUGAAUGGGAUACACACCUUUGCAUCCAAAUAUCUUUAAUUCAAGAAUGUCUACUGGUUACCAAUGAUCAGAACUGGUUUUGUAGACAUUUGGCUACUUAUUCUCCUACGUUUACCAUUGACCGACGAGAAGUUCUUGGGUUGUGACAGUAUAAAUAUUAAAAGUAGCCUUGCUGGAAAUUCUAUCAGUGAUCGUGGUUUGUAUUGAUCAGAGCUGAUAGUUUGAUCUGGUCAAGCAAGUUCAAGAGACAAUGCUGAUUGAAGAGAAAAAAACCAGUACAUUUAAAGGCCCUUUAAUGUCAAUUUCAAUGGAUUGUUGUCUGCACUCCUAAAUUUUACUGUUCCAUGAAUAUAUCUGUAAGAAACCAAGAUAUAUUUGUUCCAAUUCUCAACCAUUGAAAGUCAACAGCUUACUUGCAUUUGUUGGCAUUUCCAGCAGAUUUUCCUGUAGAUUUUCAAAUUAAUUUUCUUAUUAGCUUUAGCAACAUUAUUACAAGUCCCAUGACUCUAUAUAUCACAAAGUAUAUUAAUAAAUAGACAAAUACAUUAAACACCAGAAUGGCACCUUAUUAAAUAAAAGAACAGGAGACAAA